GCAGGCCUCUCACGCUCACACUCUAUCACGCACUCCGUCAUGAGCCGCGAUACCUGUCCGCGGCAUCUAGACAACUUGUUUGGCCCCCGCGUGGCCGUCUGUCGCCGCGCCUUUGACUUCACCAUCUUCUUUGAGGAAGCUUUCCUUUCCAUUGUGCCAAACGCCCUCUUUUUCGCCCUCGUAGCCUUACGCCUGAUACGCCUGCGACAUCGCCCGCCAUGUAGAAUAGGCACUCGACUUCGGUGCAUUAAACUGCUCCUUCUCGCCAUCUUUGCAUCGGUCCAUCUCUCACUGCUCGUUCUGGGCGCAGUUGCACCAGCACCUUCUCGAACACCGGCGUCGGCUGCUUCGUUGACCCUGGCAUUCAUUGCCGCUGUCGUGGCGAUUCCCAUGUCAUCUGCCGAGGACGAGCGUUCGUUGCGGCCAUCUUCUGUUUUGAGCACCUAUUUUUUCGUCACUCUGCUAUUUGAUGCCGCUCGGACUCGUACUGUCUGGCUUGACGACACAAGAUCUUCGUUUGCCGGGUUGUUUACUGUAAACGCUCUUCUGAGAGCGUUUCUUGUAGUCCUAGAGACCUGGCCCCGGUCGCGUGGAAACAACAAUGACCGAUGUCUCCCGCCUGAAGCAACUGCCAACAUUUUUAGCCAAGUCCUGUUUCUGUGGGUCAACCCGCUCCUCUGGACGGGCUACCGCAGCCUUCUCUGUGCUGACAAUAUUUUCCGCUUGGACCCCGCCAUUGCAGAGCCGCACGAGUCCAUUUCUAAAAGUGGGCGGGAAAAGCUUGUGGCCAGACAUUCCCUUCUCUUGGGAUUGAUUUGGCAGCUGCGAUGGCAAGUGCUCUCAGGUGUGGUCCCUCGCUUGUGCACUGUUGGCUUCAAGUUUGCGCAGCCGUUUCUUAUCCGACGUCUAGUCACAUGGGCGACUCAGCCAGAUGAUACGAGCAACACCAUAAAAAAUAGCGGUUAUGGGCUUGUCGGUGCGUUUAUACUAGUCUAUGUUGGCCUUGGUAUCUCAAAUGCCCGAUACCAGCAUCUCACGAAUCGCCUGAUCAUCACGGUCCGCUCGAUCCUUGUUCCAUUAAUUUUUCAGCGGACUCUACAACUUUCAACUUCGGCUACGGACGAACGUGCUUCUGUGACACUCAUGAGCACCGACAUCGAAAGGAUAUCAUCGGGAUUAGUUUAUGUGCACGAUGCAUGGGGUUGCGUGCUUGAAGUUGCCCUUGCCCUGGGCUUGCUUUGGAUAGAAUUAGGUUUUGCGGCUAUAGUACCAGUGAUUUUAGCGUCAGGAUGCACCCUCACAAUAACUUUCGUUGCGAAAGGUACCGGUAUCCGCCAAAAGACUUGGGUGGAAGCAAUUCAGCAGCGAGUGGCCAUUACGUCAGGCAUUCUUAAAGGCAUCAAGACCAUCAAAAUGACCGGACUUAGCGAGGAAGUCUCCGACUCCCUACGUGAACUGCGUCGUGGGGAGAUCCGCGCCUCGAAAAGGAUGCGACAGCUCCAGAUUUUCGUGCUUGGCGUUGGUUACCUCACCACUGCCAUGUCACCAGUCAUCUCGUUUGCCGUCUAUGUCCUUCGCAAGAGUGGAGGCGGCAUUAAACUCGAUGCUACAACUGCAUUCACAGUACUCUCGACCUACGCACUGCUAGGGUCCCCUCUCAAUACUUUGACUGAAGGCCUGUCAAGUAUUGUCACUGUUGUGACUUGCAUCGAGCGAAUUCGGGAAUUUCUCAAUCCAGAUGGUACGGUAUCAAUUCUUUCGAAUCUCGAAGAGCCUCGAGACCAAAUCCCGUCCCACAUGAAGAUAAUCACGCCACAACACCAUGCGAGCGUUGGUAGCGAGAAACUACCAGCUGUGCGUGCUGAAAAUUACUCUGCGAAAUGGGAAGUGCAUUCUAACACCAUCAUUGCGGCCCUCAGCUUCGUCAUACCACACGGCUCUUUGACAAUAGUGCUAGGCCCCGUAGGUUCCGGAAAGUCUACCCUCUUACGUGCGAUACUUGGGGAAAUGCCUUUUUCGUCCGGAUCUUUGUACGUGAAUGGUAACAGGACCGCUUAUUGCAGUCAAAGUCCUUGGAUCCGCAACGUAAGUGUGCAAGAAAAUAUUACCAACGUGUUGCCCAUGGAGAGAGACUGGUAUCAGUGUGUCUUGAAGGUUUGCUUGUUGGAGCAGGAUAUAGCAGCUCUUGUUAAUGGCGACGAAACCAUCCUUGGUAGCAGCGGCUCAGUGCUCAGUGGAGGGCAAAAGCAGCGCAUUGCCCUUGCACGAGCUCUUUACUCCAGACCACAACUUCUCUUGCUAGACGACGUGUUUUGCGGGUUAGACAAUACAACAGAAGAAGCCAUCUCUCAGAGCAUGUUUGCGACAGCGGCCUUUUGUCAGCAGAACGGAAUAACAACAAUUUGCGCAUCCUCAUCUCUUAACUUCUUACCCAUGGCGGAUCAUAUCAUUGUACUCGAUAGUAACGGGGAAAUCACAUGCCAAGGCUCUUUCAAUACUUUGAUGAACAAGCCCUCUGGCUACCUGCAUCUCCUUGAUGUCAAAUCUAGAGAUCGGAAAGACGCCCAGAAAUCAUUUCUAUCCGAGGACGCUUCACCACCAGGACAACCAACCGACAACACUGAAGCUCUCAGGGAUAAGCCCCGGGGGGAUUUAGAGACAUAUAUGUUCUACUUCCGGGCCUUUGGGACUUUUUAUACUCUUCUCUAUUUUGGCAUGAUAGCCGUUGUUGUGUUCUUGCUGAACUUCCCAAGCGUCUGGGUGAAGCUAUGGACGACACAAGAACAAAAAUCGCCCGGCUCGAAAACAAAUUUGUACCUCGGCGUGUAUUUCGCUAUAGGAGGGCUCACCGUAGUUGGGCCGGUUCUACUUUGCAGUCAUCUGCUUCUCUUCAUGGUACCUCGCGCUUCUUUCAACAUUCAUCAGCGUCUUUCUGAUGUUACCCUUGGUUCGCCAUUAUCUAUAUUCAGUAGGACGGAUAUUGGCGUGACUAUCAAUAGAUUUAGUCAAGACUUGGGGCUGAUCGAUUCGGAGCUGCCGAUAGCGUUACUUAAUACCUGCAUCCCACUGGGUUCUUGCGUAGUCCAAAUGGUCGUAAUAUCCGUCUCUGCGCGGUACAUUGCUGCCACUAUGCCCUUCUGUAUUGUUGUGUUCUACUUUGUGCAAAGGUUCUACCUUAACACUGCUCGACAGCUUCGUUUGCUUGAUAUUGAGGCCAAAGCGCCGCUUUUCUCCCACUUCCUAGAAACCAUCGACGGCUUGGUAACAAUCCGGGCAUCCAAGUGGACUGCGGAAUUCGCGCUUCAGAACAAGCUCCUGCUAGACAAAUCACAAAAGCCCAUGUAUGCACUCUACUGUGUUCAGAAGUGGCUUAAUCUCGUGCUUGACUUUACGUCAGGUGGCAUAGCCAUUGUAUUGGCCGGGGUCGUCGUCGCCAUGAAAGGCUCCAUUGAUCCAGGCUUCGUUGGACUCGCCUUCGUCAACAUCAUCAGUUUCAAUAGCAACUUAAAAUUGCUGGUCACGUACUGGACGCAAUUAGAGACGUCCAUCGGAGCCAUCUAUCGCAUCAAAAAGUAUGCAGAUGACACACCUGCCGAAGACUUGCCCCAUGAAAUCGAGCAGGUGCCUCCGCAAUGGCCGGAUCGAGGAGUUGUGGAGUUACAUUACAUAUCCGCGUCGUAUGGGCCCUCACAUGGCCUUGCUCUCGAGAAAGUGAAUUUGCGCGUGGAAGCCGGUUCCAAGCUGGGCAUUUGCGGGCGUAGCGGCAGCGGGAAGUCUACUCUCUUGUCCAUACUUGUGCGCCUCCUCGACUCAAGUGAAGGCUACGUCACAAUUGAUGCGGUUCCCAUCGCCACACUCCCUCGCCAACUAGUUCGUUCGCGACUGAACAUCAUUGCCCAAGAACCCUUCUUUCUCAUUGGUAGCAUCCGCCUGAACCUCGACCCGUUUGGAGUCUCUACCGACGAGCAGAUAUCCGCCUGUCUGGGCAAGGUUUCUUUGUACGCGACAGUCUUGGCGAAAGGCGGGCUGGAUGCACCCUUGACGGACGGAACCUUUUCGCAUGGACAGCGGCAGUUAGUGUCUCUGGCUCGCGCAAUAUUGAAAAAGGAGUCACAGAACGCUAAAAUUUUGGUGUUGGAUGAAGCGACGAGUAGCCUUGAUCAGAUCACCGAGAGGACGGUGCAGAGAGUGCUGAGGGAGGAGUUUGAGGGAUGCACCAUCAUCGCGGUCGCCCAUCAUCUCGAGACAAUUAUGGAUUUUGAUCUUAUUGCUGUGCUGGAUGGAGCAAAAGUCGUUGAGUAUGGUGUGCCGAGUGAGUUGCUGAAACAGGAGGACUCGGCGUUUACGAAGCUGUACAAGGGCGGUUCGGAUGGCUGAUACGAUACUGCGAUACACAACUGCUAUAGUGUGAGGAUUUGCUUGAAUUAUCAUACCUGUAACGGUAUCAAAGUCUGGAGGAGAAACUGCAUUGACUGUACGGAAAUGAGAGUCGAUGAGCUCAUCAGGCAACAGGGAGAAUACUGAGGAAUGAUGAGAACGUUGGGCGUGAAGAGCUGCUCGCACGGUCACGCAGCUGAUAUAAUAUCAGCACUUAUAGAUGGAACCAGUGUCGCAAUGCAAUGAAGGCUGAAGGACUUGCUUGGGUAUCCGAUGAUAGCAAACAUUAUACAACUUUCACGCCAUACUCCCACUUCUCUCCCUCCCCUCUGCGAUCCCAAUCUCCUCAAUUAAAACACUCAUGAGCUUGAACAUUUCGCCCGCCAUCUUCCUUCCC